CAGCAAACUCUAACCCAAUCUCAAACGAAAAUCUGAUCACUCUCUAACCCAAUUCCCAGCUACCGUUCUUCCCACAUGCCACCAGAAAGCCAAGGGAAAAACCAGAGAGGCAAGUUCCAGAGCUCUCCUCUCACCAACAAAAAAAAGAGAGGAAAGAAUCCUAUAUAUAUAUAUAUAUGGAAAGAUAAGACUUCGUUUUAUGGGUUUGGUUCUGUUCUUUCGGUUAGGAAUGUCACGCUUUUAUGCUUAUUAUUAGUGAGGCAAAGAAGGAAAGUCCCGAGAGAGGAGAGAGAGGGGGAGGGGAAUGGAAGAAGGGGCUUCGACCGCGACGGUCUCCCCGGAGCCACUGCUCGGGCCGGCCCGAGCGCCGGCCCAGACGGCUAGGCCGAGCCGGGUGGCGGCCAUCUUGGGCCGCGCGGCGGGCCGGCGGGGCCCGUCGAUGCUGGUGCGCGAGACGGCGGCGCGGCAGCUGGAGGAGCGGCGCGCCGACUGGGCCUACUCCCGGCCGGUGGUGGCGCUCGACAUCGCCUGGAACCUGGCCUUCGCCGCGGUGUCCGUCGCUGUGCUGGGGGCCACAACCAGCGAGCGGCCCAACACGCCGGUCCGGGUCUGGAUCGCCGGGUACGCGGUCCAGUGCGUUGUCCACGUGGCGCUGGUCUGGGCGGAGUACCGGCGGCGGAGGGCACGGCCGCGCAGGUUGGAGGAAGGGGCCGGCGGCAGCGGCGGGGAGAGGGCGCGGUCGGACUCCGAUGCCGGCGACAGCGAGGAGGAUGGGGAGGAGGGCGGAGCGGGGAGAGGUCAGCAGUCCAGGUAUGUGAGUGCUGCAAAACGAUGUGAAUCUCUCAAUACCAUGGCAUCCUUUCUGUGGUGGAUUGUUGGCUUCUAUUGGGUGAUUUCUGGUGGUGAAACUCUCUCACAAAAUGCUCCAAGGCUUUACUGGUUGACUGUAGUUUUCCUAGCAUUUGAUGUCUUCUUUGCGAUCUUUUGUGUGGCUUUGGCCUGCAUUAUUGGGAUUGCACUUUGCUGUUGCUUGCCUUGCAUUAUUGCAAUUCUUUAUGCUGUGGCAGGCCAGGAAGGUGCAUCGGAUGCAGAUAUUAGCAUUCUUCCGAGAUACAGAUAUGCUGAGCCUUUUGACAAUGGGCAAAAGACAACUGAAGAAGGAUUGAUGGUUCCCAUUGUAAAUAACAGUGGAAUUUCAACAAGUGAACGUGUUUUAUUACGUGAGGAUGCGUCAAGGAUUUCAUUUUCGAAGGCUGCAAAACACCAAUGAAGGUCAGACUUCGUCUGAGAGCUUGUGGCGGCAAGGAGCCAAGUUCUGGUAGGUUCAACAUGGUGUCUGGUGGGGUUAGGCCUGGGUCUGUCUUAGACUAUAUGGGCUUGGGCAGUCAACCCAGCCUUUGUUUAACCAUUUUAGUUUGUAAAUCAUGUGAUUAACUUUGUAACUUUAAUCUAGAAUUCAGGCAUUCCUCUCUUUCAGAGGCUGAAAAACACCAAUUAAGGUCAAUUAAGAUCAAGCUUGAUAUAAGAGCUUGUGACAGGAAAGUGCUGAAGUCCAAUAUGAUUGGCAUUAUGUCUAGCAGGAUCAUCUUGUAAAAUGUUCAUUCUGGCUAGUGAAGGUGCUGUCUUAUUAGGGAUUUAGCUGUAUGUGAUCUUGAUCCUACUAGUAUUAAAUCUCAAGUUUCCUCUUGAACUUUGUCCAGGGCUUAUAGUUUCACUUUAAAAUCUAUCGAAUUAGUGAUGGUGCAAAUGUAGAUAAUGAUGGACUUCAAUGAAUUUUUAUGUCAGGUCACUUAAUUCCCAUUUUGCCAAUUAAACAUUUCUUAUUCAUUCUCUCAGAAGUUGACAAUCAGAGGUUGAUCGUGUAGGCAUAGAUUAGAUUGGAAAUACAGGGCACUUAAUCCCAAUCUUUUCUUCCAACUUUUGGAUUUGUUUUUUUUUUGUUUGUAUGAAAUAUUAAAAUUCUGAAAUAAGUGACUAAGAAGAUGAUCUGUCAGAGUGACUUCUUUUUGUGGGGCAGGGGAAGGUUUCUAAAGAAGCAGCACUUUCUCUAUUUCUCAAGGGAGAAUGUGCAAUAAAGAAAGAAUUGAAGUAUCCAUACCCGUGCAGUACCUUGUUGGUAUGGUAUAGUAGUUUGUGAAAACAAUAUGCCUCUCAGUGCUGUCACAGUGAAAACAAGGUGGUGUGCAAUAUAUUUAGCAGUACUUUACUAGUGUGAUGCGGUAUGGAUGGUGUGGACCACUUGGCACUGCUACUUAAAUGUUUGAUUGAGAACACUAAUAGUUGUGAAUUGGCCCUAAAGCUUGUUUGUCUUGUCAAUUAUGACUUAUCAUUCAAGGUAUCUUAACUGAUUAUUUGUGAAUCUACACUUCUACAGUUUUCUUGUAACUAAACCAGAGUAUUUAUGUCCAUUCAGUAAACUUCUGGAUUGUUACCAUUAUUUGAAUAUUGAUUA